UGACGUAGCUGCUCAUCAUCUCUCCUCCUCCUCCUCCUCCAUAGCUCGGUUACCUUCACGUAUCUGCAGGUACUGGUCCCGGUGAAGAGCGAGUCCAGGUCCGCGGUCUGAAGCAGGAGAAAUGUGGCUGAUCGCGUUGGCCAGUUUACUUCACUGCGCCUCGGCUUAUGAUGUGGAUGUGAAGAAACUGGACGGGCUGGCAAGAGCGAGGGUGGAGACUUGUGGUGGAUGACAGCUGAACCGGCUCAGAGAGGUCAAAGCCUUUGUGGUCCAGGAUAUUCCUCUUUACCAUAACCUGGUGAUGAAGCACAUUCCUGGCGCAGACCCUGAGCUUGUCCUCCUGAACCAUUAUUACGAAGAGCUGGAUCGCGUUGCUCUGUCUGACAUGACCCGCUCUGAGAUUAACGAGCUGCUGGAGAAACUGGGUUUCUACAAGAAGGCUCAGCCAGAGGACGAGGUGCCGGAGGAGUUCCGCUUCUCCCCUGCCAAAGACAGCCCAUUUAAAAAUGAGCCUGCCUACCAGCCUUCUGCUUCAUCUAUAGCCACAGAGAGUGCCUCCUCAGAGCCCAGUGCAGAAGUCAAACACACUGACCUCUAAGAGUGAACGUAAGCAGUAACAGUACUCCUCUAUCCCCACAGCUGCUCCAUGACCAGCCGAUUAUCACAGUCAAUGACAGAAAUACUUGUAAUUUUAGGAGGCCAGCAGAUUAUGGAUGAGCCCAUCAGCAGAAGGCCUUAUAAAAGGUCCAGUGUGAAUUUGCACAUUUUUUUUAUGUCACUGUCCAUUGUGUAUCAUCUGUCAUUAUGGUCCUUGUCUCAUUUGAGCUCUUUUGUGUGUCUGUGAUUGCCUCUGACCUACCGUGAAACUAAAUGAAGCCUCAGGCUGAAAAUCGUCUGGCUGGCCUGAGGUUGAUGCUGCGUGUUCUGGUGGGUUGGGUUGAUGCACGCAAAAAGACUCAAGUGAGUAGAAAGUAAACCACUUUAAAAAUGAA